ACGAAACCACACCGUGGGCACCCCUGGUUGGUCGCCCUCGCGUUCCCUCCUCUCCACAGGCACAGCUGCAGCACCUCCCCACCUUAUCGUCAUCCUCGGCUGCUUCAUCGUCGACAGCAGCGCCAGCGCCUCUUUUCUUCCCCACCGCCGUCGACAUGGCUGCUCAAGAGGAGAAGACUGCUCCUGUCAAGACAGAGGAGCCUUCCCCGGCGGCGGAGCAGCAGCCACAGGCGACGCGCAGGGCUGGGCCAUCGGCGCCGGCCAACCCCUUCGACUUCUCCACCAUGAUGAACCUGCUCAAUGACCCCAGCAUCAAGGAGAUGGCGGAGCAGAUCGCCAAGGACCCUGCGUUCACGGAGAUGGCGGAGCAGCUGCAGAAGAUGACGGUGGUGUCGCCGCGGCAGGCACCGGCGGCGCCCACGCCCCAGGCGGCGGCGGCGCUGGACCCGCACAAGUACGUGGCGACGAUGCAGCAGCUGAUGCAGAACCCGCAGUUCGUGGCCAUGGCGGAGCGGCUGGGCAGCGCGCUGAUGCAGGACCCCGCCAUGGCCAGCAUGCUGGGCGGCCUCACCAACCCCACGCACAAGGAGCAGCUCGAGGCCCGCAUCGCGCGCAUGAAGGAGGACCCCACGCUCAAGCCCAUCCUGGACGAGAUCGAGGCCGGCGGCCCCGCCGCCAUGAUGAAGUACUGGAACGACCCUGAGGCUCUGCACAAGUUCGGUCGGGCGAUGGGCGUCGGCCCGUCGAGCGAGGCCGCCGCCGGCGCGGAGGAGGAAGCAGAAGAGGCCGGCGAGGAAGGCGAUGGCGAGUACGAGGAGGAGGAGUCCAUCAUCCACCACACCGCCAGCGUCGGCGACGUCGAGGGCCUGAAGAAGGCGCUUGAGGAGGGCGUGGACAAGGACGAGGAGGACUCGGAAGGGCGGCGAGGCCUGCACUUCGCGUGCGGGUACGGCGAGCUCAAGUGCGCGCAGGUGCUCCUGGAGGCCGGCGCGGCGGUGGACGCCGUGGACAAGAACAAGAACACGGCGCUGCACUACGCCGCCGGCUACGGCCGCAAGGAAUGCGUCGCGCUCCUGCUCGAGAACGGCGCCGGCGUGACGCUGCAGAACCUGGACGGGAAGACGCCCAUCGACGUCGCCAGGCUCAACAACCAGGAGGACGUCCUCAAGCUGCUCGAGAAGCACGCCUUCGUAUAGACGCCGCCGCCGCCGCCAUCUUCAUGCCCUCCUUUGCGUGCUCUGCUUUCUCGGCCGAAACAAGUUUCUUUUCUUUAGUUGUUGGGUGUAUGUAUGUAUUGAGAGUGUCCAUGCAUGCCAGAUUUUGCUUGCGUAAUUAAGGUGGGAUUGGGUUCGUUGGAUUGCUGUUCUAUUAUGGAUCGUCCAUGAGUUUUACUUAAUGAAUAAGGAAGAGAUUUUCAUUUCAUCGUCCA